ACUUGCAGCCCGGCACCGUCAGUAGUAUACUAGCUACAGUGAAAACACCACGGAUGUCCACACCCGGUUCCCCGGCAAUAGUGACACACUCCUUUAGUGUUACGCAGCCUACAGUGUUAUAACCUCGUCACCUCUGGAAAGACACCACGAGACACUGAAACCGAGCUGGGGUUUUGGUUCACGCGAAGAUGGCGACCCAAAGUUCCCAGAUCGACACCAACUGUAUGACCCUGACGCGGUUCACCCUACAUGAGCAGCAGAAACACCCUGAAGCGACGGGCGAUUUCUCCUCACUCCUCAUGAGCAUCCAGACUGCCGUCAAGAGCAUCUCUAACGCCGUCAGGAAGGCUGGCAUUGCUUCCUUGUAUGGCAUGGCUGGUGACGUGAACAUACAAGGGGAGGAGGUGAAAAAGCUAGAUGUUCUCGCCAACGACCUGUUUAUCAACAUGCUUACCUCCUCUUACACCACCUGUCUCCUUGUAUCUGAAGAAAACAAGACAGUAAUUGAGGUUGAGAAAGACCAUCAGGGGAAAUAUGUUGUAUGUUUUGAUCCUCUUGACGGCUCCUCCAACAUUGACUGUUUGGUGUCCAUUGGCUCCAUUUUUUCCAUUUAUAGAAAGUCAUCAGACUCUGUUCCCAGUGUAAGUGAUGCACUCCAACCUGGCAAUACACUUGUGGCUGCUGGAUAUGCACUUUAUGGCUCAGCCACAAUGAUGGUCAUAUCCACUGGUAAUGGAGUUAAUGGAUUUAUGCUGGAUCCGAGUAUUGGCGAGUUUGUGCUAACAGAUCCAAACAUGCAAGUAAAAGAACAAGGCAAGAUUUACAGUCUCAAUGAAGGUUACGCAAACCUGUGGGACCCAGCAGUCUCAGAGUAUGUUCGAGAAAAGAAGGCCAAGAAAGCAGGAGCCAGAUACAUUGGUUCCAUGGUUGCAGAUGUUCACCGUACUAUUAAGUAUGGUGGAAUCUUCAUGUAUCCUGCAACAACAGAUUCUCCCAAGGGCAAGUUGCGACUCUUGUAUGAGUGUAAUCCAAUGGCAUUUUUGGUGGAGCAGGCAGGAGGCAAAGCAACCACUGGCAAGAUGCGUGUUCUUGAUGUUGUGCCUACAGAUAUCCAUCAACGUAUUCCAAUCUUCCUUGGUUCUGCUGGUGAUGUACAGGAGAUAAUUGAUCUCUAUAAAAAACAUAAUCUUUGAAGAUCAAACUAGUACCCUGUACAUUUAUAGUUAUGAACAAAUACUGUACGAAGUUAAGUAAGACGGACUACACGUGGAUGAAUUACCUUAAAGACUAUAAAACAUGUUAAUAUUUUGUCCAACAUUCUUGUUUUUAACACAGUUAAAAUGAGCAGAAGUAAUAAAUUUAUUGGGAUUAAAGGAUGAAUAAAUUGAUGAACAUA